AGAACUCUGCGAUGGGCUGGCAGGAGUCCAUUGGGCUGGGCAGGCAGGUUCGGCUGGUGAUGCUGGGGAGGAGGAGGCGGAGGCUGCUGGUGGUGAUGGUGCCGGUCCCCCUCUCCACAGGUCUGUGAGAAGCAGGGAACAAGGCAACGACAGCGCAGCCCGACCCGGGCUGACGGACGCUGGCGACUCAGACAUGGACAGUAGCUGCCACAACGCGACUGCCAAAAUGUUAGCGACUGCUCCGGCCCGGGGCAACGUGAUGAGCACCUCCAAACCCUUGGCCUUCUCCAUCGAACGGAUCAUGGCGCGCACCCCAGAGCCCAAGGCCCUGCCUGUUCCCCAUUUCCUGCAGGGAGCCGUGCCCAAGGGGGACUCCAAGCACUCGCUGCAUCUUAACUCGUCGAUCCCCUGCAUGAUUCCCUUCGUGCCUGUGGCGUACGACACGAGCCCCAAGGCGGGAAUGACGGGCUCCGAGCCGCGGAAGGCGAGUCUGGAAGCUCCCGCGGCGCCAGCAGCGAUGCCGGCAGCGCCUGCGUUCAGCUGCAGCGACCUGCUUAACUGCGCACUGAGUCUCAAGGGCGACCUGGCCCGCGACGCGCUGCCGCUGCAGCAGUACAAGCUGGUAAGGCCGCGUGUGGUCAACCACUCUUCCUUCCACGCCAUGGGAGCCCUGUGCUACCUGAAUCGAGGCGAUGGCCCGUGUCACCCGGCGGCCGGCGUUAACAUCCACCCGGUGGCCUCUUACUUCCUCAGUUCCCCUUUGCACCCGCAGCCCAAAACGUAUUUAGCCGAAAGGAAUAAACUGGUGGUCCCGGCAGUGGAGAAGUACCCCUCGGGAGUAGCUUUCAAAGACUUGUCCCAGGCUCAGCUGCAGCACUACAUGAAAGAGAGCGCCCAGCUUCUGUCGGAAAAAAUCGCGUUUAAAACCUCUGACUUCAGCCGAGGCUCUCCUAAUACGAAGCCCAAAGUUUUCACUUGCGAAGUGUGUGGAAAGGUCUUUAACGCGCACUAUAACUUAACCCGUCACAUGCCGGUGCACACAGGAGCCAGACCCUUCGUUUGCAAAGUGUGUGGAAAGGGCUUCCGGCAAGCCAGCACCCUGUGCAGGCACAAGAUUAUUCACACCCAGGAAAAACCUCACAAAUGUAACCAGUGUGGCAAAGCAUUUAAUAGAAGUUCCACUUUAAACACGCAUACCCGAAUACACGCAGGCUACAAACCCUUUGUAUGUGAAUUCUGUGGCAAAGGAUUUCAUCAAAAAGGGAAUUACAAAAACCACAAGUUGACCCACAGCGGGGAGAAGCAGUUCAAGUGCAAUAUCUGCAACAAGGCUUUCCACCAGGUUUACAACCUCACCUUCCACAUGCACACCCACAACGACAAGAAGCCCUUCACCUGCCCCACGUGCGGCAAGGGCUUCUGCAGGAACUUUGACCUCAAGAAGCACGUCCGCAAGCUGCACGACAGCAGCUUGGGGCUGGCCCGCUCGGCUGCUGGGGAGCCAGGCGCAGACCAGCCUCCUGCUCUGCAGCCGCCGCCCGCCGCGACGCUGCCACCCCCUGGGCCCCUGCAGCCCGGGCUCCAUUCCAGCCACCAGUGAUCAAGGCCAAAGUCCCUCCCCAGCUACAGCCGGAGUACCUACUACUGAGGCAGCGGCAGAAUCGAGGUGGACCUCCCAAUCCGAGCUGGUCUGCACAGCCCAGGGCACUUUGGGUCCCACACGUUGGCGCCGACCAGACAAGCCUCUAUGUUCCCCGGCUUUUCGCCUCUUGCAUGCACCUGCUAAAUGUUUCUGUGUAUUAUAUUCUAUAUAGGCACUAACAAUUAUGAGGAAAUUUGGGGGUUUUGUUUGUUUUCUUUUUCUUUUUUUAAUUUGGGAAGGCUGUUCAUCUCGGGCGGAGAGGUGGUGUCCGUUUUGUUUUUUAAAAACAAAUUCCUGCUGUAUUUAUUGAGAUCUGUAUUAUCCUACCCGGGAAUGCUGCACCGUUUUAAUUUUAUUAUUGUAUAUACUUCCAUUGUGUUGAUUCUGCUGGUUCAAGAUGCCUGCCGAUUGUUUAUUAUCAUUUCCUUUCCCUGAGGUAACAAGCGCCGAGCGUAUGUUAUAUACACAAACGCAUAGGUGAGUGUACCUGUACAGGCACAUUCCACACCGGGGAGCACAGACACCUGCACACACGUCAGAUAAGGGUGGUUCAUUAUGGAUGAAUUUGAAUUUUAGUUUUGAUUCUUGCACGUGAAAAUGGAUUCAUUGACUGUUGGAAAUAAAUAUUUGGAACAUGCUUAUUUAAUC